AUGGGGUACGGGGUGCAAUAUAUGGUGUGCUUGGCGCUUUUUACAGCGGAAUAUUUUGUGCAAACUCCGGAGUGGCCCCACGAUGCCAAAAUUAAAGAUGGAUCAGUGUUUGACUUCAUAGUAGUCGGGGCAGGGUCGGCCGGCAGCGUGGUCGCCGCGCGGCUCACUGAGGUCAGCCAGUGGAGGGUACUGCUGAUAGAGGCAGGUGGAGACCCCCCUGUUGAAGCCAUUGUUCCAGGAUACUCUCCAUCUCUGCAGCGGAGUCAGUAUGACUGGAACUACUACUCGUAUCAGAACCAGACGGGCGCGGCUCAGAAGAUCCCCCACGUGUCUCCCGUAGCCAAGGGGAAAGUACUUGGAGGAUCUUCCAGUCUCAACACUAUGGUCUAUGCCAGAGGUAUAUUUAGCAACAACUUCUUUUACAACGAUCAUAUCGUCCAGUCCGUAUUGGAUUUGAACGCAGAACAUGAAAUCUUCCUGUACAAUUUCUUGAUACUUCGUCCCAAAUCUAGAGGAAGCGUUACGAUAAAAGGUGUCGGUGAAGAGGAUGACCCGAUCAUACGCGCAAACGCAAUAUACAAUCCUGAGGACAUAUUUGUAUUAAGAGAAGGAAUAAAAAGGAUAGUGAACUACAUAACGGAAACUAAAUACUACAAGCACAUAGGGGCAAAGAUUUUCAAGAUGAAUCUGCCUCAGUGUGACUACUUUGAAUUCUUGAGCGAUGAUUACUGGGACUGCUACUGUGUGAACAUGUUGGCCAUGGAGUACAACCAGUGCUGCAGUAGCGGCAUGGGCCGCGUGGUGGACGAGGAGCUAAGGAUCUACGGCACGCGGCGCCUGCGCGUGGUGGACGCCAGCGUCAUGCCCUCCAUCCCCAGUGGGAACCUGAAUAUUCCCACCAUCACUAUUGCUGAGAGAGCCUCGGAUCUCAUAAAACACGAGCAUUUAGGAAAGUAA